AUGGCAAAUAUAUUCCACAACAAUGAAAACUUUGCGGCACGAGCCGCUGAACGACUCAAACGUAGAAUCAACCUGCCAUCUAAACGCUUGCAUGCCCAAGUCUCGGGCAUCAGCAAUUCAAUAUCUGCGCAGGUAAGACAAGCGUGCUCAAUACAACUGCGGUCGCCUAUCGACCCUUUUGUAAAAAUAAACACAAUUGCGCUAGUUUUACCGCAAUUAACUGGAAAUCUGCCAACUUUCCUAGUAAGCGCAAUGACAAGGCAAGCAUUUCCAGAUCUCACUUUGGCGGAUAAGAGGUUCUUCGUCAAUGAACCAGUGGACCUUGUACUUGACGGAGACAUUUAUCCCCAAAUUAUUUUAAGCGGCUUGAAGAAAAAUGUACUAAGUACACUUCUUGGCCAAGAGACUUUAUUCGGGUGGAUACUAACUGGUCGAGCCGAAACAGUCAGUCCACCAAACAAAAUAGUUUCUUUUUUCAGCGAAGUCACACUGGACAAGCAACUAGCUGCCUUUUGGGAACUGGAACCAAGAAAAGAAAGGCAGACUGAAGAUGACGUGUAUUGCGAGGAGUUAUAUCGGACCACUAUGAAGCGCAAACAAGAUGGAAAGUAUGUCGUUACCUUACCCUUCAAACGGGAUUUUCCAUCAAACAUCAAGCUGGGACCAUCACUCAAGAGCGCCUGCUCUCAAUUCUUCCGGAAUGAGACGCGUCUCGCGAAAAAUCCGUCCCUGCAAAAGGAAUAUACUAGAGUGGUGGCAGAAUAUGAAACGCUAGGUCAUAUGGACAAAAUUACAACCAACAUACCUGCAGAUGCAACUGACCAUUAUUUUUUACCUCAUCAUGCCGUCAUGAAGGAAGAGAGCACCUCCACCAAAGUGCGCGUGGUAUUUAACGUCUCAUGCCCGACUGCCAAUGGAAUGAGCCUCAACGGCGUCCUUCAUCCAGGUCCGGAACUGCAAGCAGAUAUGACUGUCCUGAUUCCUCGCUGGCGAUUAUACAAGUAUGUCUUCAACAGCGAUAUCGAGAAGAUGUACCGUCAGAUAAUGGUAAGCAAUACACAUACUAAAUAUAAGCGAAUAGUUUUUCGCACUUGCCCGAAAGACCCAAUUAGUCUAUACGAAUUAAAGACUGUUACUUUCGGCAUAAAUUGUGCUCCUUAUCUUGCGAUGAGGACAUUACUUCAUUUAGCUGAUGAUGUUGAAAACUCCUUUCCAACAGCAUCAAACAUACUUCGAAAAUGCAUGUAUGUUGACGACGUUCUUGCCGGGGGUCAUAGCAUCGACUCUGCAAUAACAGCCAGAAACGGAAUUAUGCAAGUUUUGCAGUCCGCUGGAUUUCCAUUGCGAAAAUGGACCUCCAACUGCAACAAAGUUCUAAAGGGCAUCCCAAAAGCCCAUUUGCUCAAUGAAAACUUUUUAGAUUUCGAAGAUACGAGUUCGGUAAAGGCACUUGGCAUAAGAUGGAAUGCUCAUUGCGACCAUUUUUAUUUUAUGACAAAGCCAAUAAAAAACCAUGAUGUUCUUACGAAAAGAGCAAUCCUCUCGGCAAUCGCCAAACUCUUUGAUCCACUAAGGUGGCUCAGCCCAAUAAUAAUUACCGCCAAGAUUAUUAUGCAAAACAUUUGGUUAGAAGGCACUGAUUGGGACGACACCGUGUCUGCGGUCACAUUUGUGCAGAAUUAUGGGGAAAUAGAUAAUAUCCGCAUACCUUGUUGGGUGCACUAUUCAUCAGCAGACGACUCCGAAAUCCAUGGGUUCUGCGACGCUUCGGAAAAGGCAUACACGGCUGCUGUCUACUUGCGUGUGAAAAAACAGGAUCAAGUAUACCUCAACCUACUCCUCGCGAAAACCAGAGUGGCACCUGUUAAGACGAUAUCCCUUCCCCGUUUGGAACUAUGUGGUGCCGUCUUAUUAGCGGAUAUUAUAGAAACUGUCACGGAAAAUCUUAGCCUAGCACAUUUGGAUGUUCAUCUGUGGACAGAUUCGACAAUCGUCCUCGUAUGGAUUCGCAAACCGCCCUGCUCGUGGUCAACCUUUGUGGCACAUCGAGUAACCAAAAUAGUGGAAAAGGUCGGAAACAAUAACUGA